AUGGUGCAAAAGGCCACCGCCGCCAUCGUCAUUCUCUCGUCGCUGAUUGCGUAUGUCACCGUCAACAGUGCGGUCCGCGCCGUCAACCCGCGCGCGUUUGUCUGGUCGGCCGAAGACAACGACGAGAAGCACUGGAUCGCGUCCUCCCCCUCCUGGCUGGACCGGAAAGCUUGUCGCUGGCUCGGCCUUUGUGGGACCGCUCAUUUCCACCCCGCUGGUCCCCGUUUCGGCCAGCGGGGUCCCCCCUCAGCGGAUGAGGAAGAAGACGCUGAGCCGUGGCGAUCGUAUUGGUGGAAUGGGACAGACGCUGUCGACGAGACGUGGGACGAGGCGGAACGCUCCCGUCGCCUCAUCCCCGACUAUGUCUUCCGGUAUGCGCCUCUCGUCCACCUGUUCUCGGACGAGCAAUUCUGGCCGGGCGAUAUCGCGGAGCAUCUCUACCACGUCACCCCGACGCUGAACUAUACUCCCAUUCAGUCCCAAGAGCAGCACCCCUCUCUGGAGGACCUGGAUGAGUUGAACCAGUGGCAGGAUGGGCAUCCUGUGUUCCUGACCAGCAAUGACAACGUGGAGGACCGUCCUCCCUGGAUGGAAGGCGAGAAGAAUAUCCCAAGAAGCCCCAGCGGUGAUGUCGAACAAUCUUGGGCGGAUUGGGAUGGCCGCGUUGACGGGGGAAUCCCGGACGAUACCCCUGAGGAGCGGGCGAAAUGGUAUGACGCGGCACAACUAGCGGACGAGGACCUCGACGGCAUGUCCCCGGAUGCGCUUGGCUACCCCCAGCCAGAAGACAUCCUCAAUUUCAAAGAUGACGAGAUUGUGCGUGAUGAGCUUCGAAAGCGGUAUGGCGGGGAACCAAUUCACGCCGAGACGUCCAAGGGCCGCAGUGAUGCACCGGCCAUCCUGCUGGUGAUGGACAAGGGAAGCGGCAUCAUCGAUGCCUUCUGGUUCUUUUUCUACAGCUUCAAUCUCGGGAAUGUGGUCCUGAACGUACGGUUUGGAAACCACAUUGGGGACUGGGAGCACUGUCUGGUCCGAUUCCACCACGGAAAGCCCAAGGCACUCUUCUUCAGCGCACACUCGGCAGGGGAGGCGUACAGCUACGAAGCCGUUGAGAAGAUCGGCGAACGGCCGGUCAUCUACUCCGCCGCGGGGACCCAUGCCAUGUAUGCCACCCCAGGCAUCCACUCCUACAUCUUGCCCUGGGGGCUACUCCACGACCGGACCGAUCGUGGGCCGCUGUGGGAUCCCCUUCUGAAUUCCCACUCGUACACGUAUGACUUUGGCGAAGAUGACUUGCGCGCUUCCACGGCCACCCCGUCUUCCCCGACGGGAUGGUUCUACUUCCAAGGCCACUGGGGUGAUAAGUUCUACCCGCUUGGUGACGAGCGACAAUAUCGGUUCGCAGGACAGUACCAUUACGUGAAUGGGCCCGUGGGGCCCCGGUUCAAGCACCUCAAUCGUCGCAGGGUCUGCCAGGGACCGGAUACGAGUCCAUGCGUGAUCAAGGAUUAUGUUGGGGAGCAUAAACGGGCCAAGCGUUGGGUCAACCCUGACCCCGCAGAAUACCUCUCAUAG